CCCAGCAUAAACUCGCUUUUUCCUUCGGUGACUACACCCCGAGAGGAGGAGCGUAGUAAGCGUCAGGAUCCUCAAUUUUUCAACUUAGCAUCUUGGCAGGACAUUUUCCCAAGCAAAGCCCCCCGUCCGACGGGUAAAAAAAAAAAAAAAAAAAGAAAGAAAAAAAACUUCUGCGCCGGGCAUGAGAUCGAGGGUGCAGCUCAGAUAAGGGAGCCACAGAAAACAAAACAAUACGAGGCAACACAUCCGACGGACAGUGGCUGGCUGCGGGCAGAAUAAUCCACCCAACGCCUAAGCCUCUCUUUAUUUAAUCACUUUUACUUUCUUUUUUUUCCUCUUCUUCCCCUCCUUCCUUCGCCAUUGUCAUUUAGGAGGGGGUGGAAAGGCAGCUGGUCUGCAGACACACGGUUCUAUGCGCUCCGACAGCAGCGCGUGAGAAAAUUAAAAAAAAAAAAGGGAGGAAAGUGCGCAAGUUAAGUGGCUCCGACUCUCCGGGCUCCAGCAUGGCGUAUCCGCAGGGCUACUUGUACCAGCCGUCCGCGUCUCUAGCCCUGUAUUCGUGCCCCGCGUACAGCACCAGCGUGAUAUCGGGACCGAGGACCGAGGAACUUGGGAGAUCCUCUUCGGGAUCUGCUUUUGCGCCUUACGCCGGAUCUACCGCGUUCACCAGCGCCUCGCCGGGCUACAACUCCCACUUGCCAUACAGCGCGGACGCGGCCGCGGCUGCCACAUUCACCUCGUACGUGGUGAGUAAACUAAAGGGCUCUCCCUAUGACCACACCACGGGCAUGGCGGGCUCAAUCGGAUACCAUCCUUACGCAGCACCCUUGGGCUCCUACCCUUACGGUGACCCGGCGUAUCGUAAAAACGCAACGCGGGACGCCACCGCCACCCUGAAGGCCUGGCUCGGCGAGCACCGCAAGAACCCCUACCCGACCAAGGGCGAGAAGAUCAUGCUGGCCAUCAUCACCAAGAUGACCCUCACCCAGGUGUCCACCUGGUUCGCCAACGCCAGGCGGAGGCUAAAGAAGGAGAACAAGAUGACCUGGACCCCCCGGAACCGAAGCGAGGACGAGGAGGAAGACGAGAAUAUCGAUUUGGAGAAAAACGAUGACGAUGAGCCAAACAAGCCCACGGACAAGGGAGACUCCACGGACACAGAAGCAGAUCAUAAACUGCUGGACCCAGGGGACACGGGCUGUGACAGAUUUAAAGAGGAGACCCAUGGCAAAGACACGGAUCCCCUUCUGAGCGACUCGGAGUUAAAAGACCCGGAGGAGCGGACUACAGAGUUGCUGCCGGAUUCCGCGAAACCGACCACGUCGUCUCCCUCGGCGCUGCCCCGAGGGAACCAGGCCGCCGCCGCGCAGCAAGACAAGCCGUCAGAUUUGAGCCUGGCGACGGGCUCGGUGACCAGCAACGCGACCUCUGUUAUCCACUCGCCCCCCUCGGCCCCGAAACCAAAACUCUGGUCCCUGGCGGAGAUCGCCACCUCCACAGACAGGUGUAAGGGCAGCGGCGAGGGCCCACAGGCUGGCCCCGGUUUGGGUCAGAUCGCGGCGAUGGGCACCAACGCGUCUCCAUCGCGGUCCUCCCCUCAGUGCCCGCUCCCCAACAGCACGGUGCUAUCCAGGCCUCUGUACUACACCUCCCCUUUCUACCCGGGCUACACGAACUAUGGGGGCAGUUUUGGACAUCUUCACGGUAACCAUGGCUCGGUAACCACGGGCUCCACGGCACAUUUCAAUGGAUUAAACCAGACUGUGUUGAAUAGAGCAGAGGCUUUGGUAAGAGAGAGCCAGAAAGUCAGAAGCCAAACGCAGGUAGAUCUUUGUAAAGACUCCCCUUAUGAACUAAAGAAAGGUAUGUCAAACAUUUAAUACCUGCUUAUUUUACACUCACUGCGGACUUUUAUUUAUUUUUUUGUGGUUGCAUUAAAAAAAAAAAAAGAAAAGAAAAAAAGAAUUAUGAUGAAGCAAAUUCUGACAGCAGAUAUUUUCAGAGUAAAUGCUUAUCUUCAAAUUUUUAGUUUCUGAAUGGUUAAUUAUAAAGUGUAAAGAGAAUGGUCUUAAUUGCUGCAGCCACCUGAGUCUGUUUGUAUUAUAGACUAACAUGUAUAUUUAAUGUAGCAUUUUUGUAUUUAAAAUGGACAACACACUAUCUUUGAAGUAAAUUAUGGAAGAAAAAAAAUGCCUGUGCAGCGAUUAUUUUUGGUGAGCCACAUGAUAUGUGUCAAAAGUACUUCGAGGCCAAUUUAUCUACACAAUAUGAAUUGAAUUUUGUACGGUGACAGAUUUUUCUAUGGUAGUUGCCAUUCCAAAAAAAAAAAAAAAGCUUUUGGGAGUGAGAGCUCUGACAAACGAUAGAGGAAGGGCCUACUACAUUCAGCAUAUGGAUGUUGGAAACUCUAAACAAUAAAAGAGUUCAUCUUCCGUUUUUGCUGCAAA